AUGUUUAACGUCACCCCCAUCAACCAGGUUACUGAUAUGGAACAAAGAUGUAGAUGGUCUAAUAACCAAAAAUAUCAAGAAAGAAGAAACUUUUCAUCCGUCUUUCUAUUCUUCAACGCUUCUGGUUUUACAUCUAUUUCCUUCUUGGUUGGAAAUAAAGCAAAGAAUAGAAAAAGAAAAAGAAAACGAAAGAUCCUUUUCUUUUUUUCUUUCUCUAUUCUUUUCCUUAUUCUUUCAUUCAUCUAUUCCUUCCUUUCUUCAAAUAGUCAUUCAUUCAUUAAAUCCUUGCAUUUUUCUAUCCUGCUCUUUUUGUUUUUCUUUCUUUCGCUUCCAUUUUUUCUUUCGAUUUUUCUAUUUUAUUUCUUUUCCCGCCUUCUUUCCUUGUAUUCUGUUUUCUCUGUUAUUUUCUUCUUAAUUUCUUUUCUUUUAUAUUUUUUCUUUCUUUGUUCCUUUUUUCUUUUUUCUUUUAUUGCUAUUUUUUACUUUUAA